UAUAACCUAAAAGCUGACAGUCACAGUGACACUACACCUGAUUGCACUCCGUUGCCAGUGGACUAAGUGUGUGAUCAGUCUUCGAAAGCUCAAAGCUUCCAUUUCCAUGCCGAAUCCAUCAAUGGAUGUCAUCGACUUCGUCGUCUCCAAGCAGAACGGCGUCACUGGACUAUCCAACGAUUUCCCCCUCCAAACCCUUCCUCCUCCUUACAUCCUUCCGCCGGAGGAGCGUCUCCUCCCCGGCAAAAUCCUCUGCACCGACCAAAUCCCCAUCUUCGACGUCGGCGACUGGUCCGACGCGCGCGUGGCCUCUCAGAUCUGCGACGCCGCCAGCCGCUUCGGGUUCUUCCAGGUCGUGAACCACGGGAUUCCUAUGGAGACGAUGGACGCCGUGACGGCGGCUGCGCGUGCCUUCUACGCGCUGCCGUCGGAGGAGCGGAGGAGGUUCUGGAAGGGAAAUCCGGCGGCGGAGACUGUGUUCCUGCAGACGAGCUUCAGUCCAAUGGCGGAGGCGGUGUUGGAGUGGAAGGAUUAUCUGAUGUUCAGCUAUGAUCCUGAGAAUGACGAAGCUUCUUCUCUAUGGCCUUCGGUGUGCAAGGAUCAGGUGAUGGAAUACAUGAAGAGCGCACAACCAGUCAUCAAGAACUUACUCGCCAUUCUCAUGAAGAAUCUGAACGUGAAUGAGAUUGACGAAUCACUGUCGAAUUCUCUGAUGGGAUCCUUCAAAAUCAGCUUCAACCACUACCCCAAAUGCCCAAACCCAGACCUCGCCGCCGGAGUCGGCCGCCAUUCCGACAUCUCAGCGAUCACUGUCCUUCUCCAGGACGAUGUGGGCGGACUUUACGUGCGAGCGAAUGAGCAGGAGGAGGACGACAGGUGGAUACACGUAGCGCCGACAAGAGGAGCUCUGGUGAUAAACGUAGGAGAUGUUCUGCAGAUGAUGAGCAAUGAUCUGUACAAGAGCAUCGAGCAUAGGGUUGUGGCGAGUGGAGCCAGAAACAGGGUUUCAGUUCCGAUUUUUGUGAACCCUCGGGAAGAUGCUGCGAUCAAGCCAUUGCCGGAGGCGGUGGCUAUGACCGGAGAGGCAGCCGUUUACAGGGAGAUUGUGUUUUCAGAUUACUUCAGCUACUUCUUCAGCAAAGGUCAUGACGGAAAGAAGACCAUUGACUUCGCCAAGAUCAAAUAGGUUAUUGUUAUAAUACACACGCACAGGCACAUAUACACGCGUGAAUUCUCGUCUGUGCAAUUGCCAUGUUUAUGUUCAUGUUCUGUAAUAAAACUCUUUAGGUUGGAUGAUGAUGAUGUUCAUGCUCA